UCAUAACCUGAAAUGUAUAUUAAUAAAUUUAUGGAAAAGUGAUGAAAAUUCCUUUAUUUUUUUGUAAAAUAUUUUUAAUGUAUAUAUGUGUAAAUUAGUAGCAUUUAAAGAAAAUGAAUCAAAACCAAAUUGAUAAAGAUGGAGAAGAAACGAACACAACGAGCUCAGAUGAUCAAAUUCAAAAUGAAGAAAUUACAAACGAAACAAGUCCUUUGCCACCAAGUUUAUUCCCAUCACCCCCCGAUAUAACAUUCAAUUGGGUUGAUAUUGGAGACGAAUUUAACGAAUGUUGUAAGGAUUUAGCUUUAGGUGAAUUAUUACAUGAUGACUCGUUUGGAUUAUUUGAAGCAAUGUCAGCGAUUGAAAUGAUGGAUCCAAAAAUGGAUGCUGGUCUGUUAUGUAAUCGGGGUGAUCGUAAAGUCUUAAAUUUUGACCAAUCUGUUGAGGCUGGAGUAUUAAAAUUAAAUAAAUUUAAAGAUGCUGAACUAAUUGGAAUUAUUGAUGCAACAUUUUCAUGUUUCGUUUCGUGGUUAGAAGGACAUUCAUUAGCACAAACUGUUUUUACAAAUUUAUAUAUGCAUAAACCAUUCGAAAUUAAAAAUCGUAAUCUAAAAAUUUUUUGUAUUACUAUGCAUAGAAUUUUGGAGCUUGUUGGUAAUUUUAUUCAAAGUGCUGGUGUUUUCGAAGAAGAAGAUUUUCAAACACCAAUGUGUAGAUAUUGUAUACCAAAUAUAUCCGAACAACGAGUAAUUGGUAUGUUAAAAGAGGCGGAGGAUGAACUUUAUAGGCGUACCAAAUUAAAAUUUCAAACAACUGUUAAAUCUCAAUAUUAUGCAAAUCCUGAUCCUGCGUUAGCAGUAUACGCACGGCUAAAAGCAGUUCGAUUAUUUUUUACAUUAUUAACUGUUUUGGGACAAAUGCGGAAGCAAAAGAGUGAAGAAAGUGUCCCGGAAUGUAUAAAAACUGUUGGUUAUAUAAAUGAAUUAAUAACAGUUAUACAAAAUUCUAUUGAAUUUGGUAGUAAACAUACAUCACUGGGUUUUGAACCUUUAGUAAAUCAACGACUGUUACCACCAACGUUUCCAAGAUACACUAAAAUCAAACCAAGUGAUCAAGCCUAUAAAUAUUUAGAAGAAUUUUUAGAACGUGUACGUUAUAUAGUCAAAGUACAAAAUCAAACCGCCUUCCAUUCUGCAGUGGAUUUUUUUAUUGAAUUUAGUCGUACACGACCAUGCGUACUAUCACGAUCAAUUUUACAAACAUUAUAUUUUGGUAAUAGUUCGGUUGCACAUUGUGGCAGUCCGAAUACAAUUGUUUUAACUAAUAUUUUAUUUGUUGAUGUUUUACGAGAUGCGUGUAAAAAUUUUAUUGCGCCACCAUCACUUACCACUAAACAGACCACAUUUUCUAAUGUUCAUGUGGAAAGAGCAUUUUUACAAGGACGUGAAUGUGUAAAUAGUUUCUUUUUACAUUGUAUUAGACCAUUUACGAAUAUGAUAAAAUUAUAUGGACAUAAUCAUGCCAGACAACGUGACAAACUAGCUCAUUUACUUGAAGAUUUAGCUGCUUUACAAGAUGAGGCUGAACGUGUCGAUGCAUUUUUACAUAAUCAAUAUUUAACGUUAAAGAUUGGCCGACCACAUUUAGCAUGUUUCGUAACAUGGGUCUUGUAUCAUACGUUACAAGUGAUGAUCAUGUAUUUGUUGGCUGGUUUUGAAUUAGAAUUGUAUAGUACUCAUGAAUACUAUUAUAUUUAUUGGUAUAUGUAUGAAUUCUUAUACGGUUGGCUAAUAUCAGCAUUGAAUCGUGCUGAGAACUUUAUGUCAUACAGUAGUUCUGAUAAUGAUACGAGUAAAACACGUGCUAAUAAAAAGGUUAAAACAAAAAAGAAAAAGAAUGCUAAUACGAAACCAUAUGAACGUGAAGUAUUGUAUUAUCAGGCUUUACAGAAUAUGUGUGGUGGAUAUUAUAAGGGUUUAUUUGGAUUACGCUAUGAUGGUUUUAUGAAAUUACCGUGCAAUGAAUUUAGUCGUGAAUCAAUACGAUUUGAACAUCGUUUUGCACCAUUUCGUGCAUUAGUAACACCACCACCGGUUUCGUAUAAGGAAUUUUUAGAUUCAACGCAUGUAUUAUGUGCAAAUGCAAAUGGUGAGGCACAGAAUAAAAAUAUUUAUAGGUUUGCAGCCGAGCAUUUUUUACAAGCACGAAUCGCAUUAGAAAAUAUUGGAUCUCUUGAUAAAGAGGUUUCUGGAUUGUUAAAAGUUGUUAAAUGGAAUUUUGUUGUAUUUAAAAUUUUGGCUGGUGGUCAUAAAACCGAUAUAAAAACACUACCAGAUUUUGAUUUCACCGAACAUAGAUUAUUUCCUUUAAUUAAAAUUCAAAUGUCAUGAAUUCAAAAUAACAAAUUGCAAUUGUGUAAAUAUAAUUUGUUAGAAUCAUUAUAUAUUUUCGAUUUUGUUUUCUCGUGGCAAAUUAUCUAUGAUUAUCGUUAUCAAAUAACAACUACUCUCUCUUGUGGAACUGAUUUUAAAUUAUUUAUUUGCGAACAUUGCGUGUGGAAAAAAUGAAGUAAUUAAAUAAAUAAAUGUAUAUAAAAAUAAACAAACAAUAUUUAUACAUCAGUUCAGUUCAGCUUUUUGGAUGAACUCUAAAAGCAGUACAAACUACAAAGAAUAGCUACGGAAUUUAGGAACUAUGUCAGUAAUUAAUAGAAAAUG